CUUGCCCUUAAUCAUACUUUUUUAAUCUUUUCCCCACUGUAGCCAAGAAGGAUCAGGAAGGUGGAGAAGAAAAGAAAUCUGUGCAAAAGAAAAAAGUGAAAGAGUUGAAAGUGUUGGAUUCAAAGACGGCCCAGAAUCUCUCCAUCUUUUUGGGUUCCUUCCGCAUGCCCUAUCAAGAGAUUAAGAAUGUCAUCCUGGAGGUGAAUGAGGCUGUUCUGACAGAGUCUAUGAUCCAGAACCUCAUUAAGCAGAUGCCAGAGCCAGAGCAGUUAAAAAUGCUUUCUGAACUGAAGGACGAAUAUGAUGAUCUGGCUGAGUCGGAGCAGUUCGGUGUGGUGAUGGGCGCUGUGCCCCGCCUGCAGCCUCGCCUCAACGCCAUCCUCUUCAGGCUGCAGUUCAGCGAGCAAGUGGAGAACAUCAAGCCAGAGAUUGUCUCUGUGACUGCCGCGUGUGAGGAGUUGCGGAAGAGCGAGAACUUCUCUAGCCUCCUGGAGAUUACCUUGCUUGUCGGAAACUAUAUGAAUGCUGGCUCCAGGAAUGCUGGUGCUUUCGGCUUCAACAUCAGCUUCCUCUGUAAGCUUCGAGACACCAAGUCCACAGAUCAGAAGAUGACGUUACUGCAUUUCUUGGCUGAGUUGUGUGAGAAUGACUACCCCGAUGUCCUCAAGUUUCCCGAUGAGCUUGCCCACGUGGAGAAAGCCAGCCGAGUUUCUGCCGAAAACUUGCAAAAGAACCUAGAUCAGAUGAAGAAACAAAUUUCUGAUGUGGAACGUGACAUUCAGAAUUUCCCAGCUGCCACAGAUGAGAGAGACAAGUUUGUUGAAAAAAUGACCAGCUUUGUGAAGGACGCCCAGGAGCAGUAUAACAAGCUGCGGCUGAUGCACUCCAACAUGGAGACCCUCUACAGGGAGCUGGGCGACUACUUCCUCUUUGACCCCAAGAAGGUGUCUGUGGAAGAAUUCUUCAUGGAUCUGCACAACUUUAAGAAUAUGUUUGUGCAAGCAGUCAAGGAGAACCAGAAGCGGCGGGAGACAGAAGAAAAGAUGCGGCGAGCAAAACUAGCCAAGGAGAAGGCAGAGAAGGAGCGGCUGGAGAAGCAGCAGAAGAGAGAGCAGCUCAUAGACAUGAAUGCUGAGGGCGAUGAGACGGGCGUGAUGGACAGUCUCCUGGAAGCCCUGCAGUCAGGCGCAGCGUUCCGGCGGAAGAGAGGACCCCGUCAGGGAGCCAACAGGCGGCCCGGCUGUGCCGUCAGGUCCCUGGUAGCCUCGGAUGUGCUCAGUGAGGACACCGUCAUCUCUGAUCCUGUUCCUGCCAAGGUGCCCAGGAAGAGGGAGGAAGUCCCCACCAUCCUUGAGGAAACCAAGGAGCUGCUCGGCCGCGCAAGCUGAGCUGGGUCCUGCGGCCACGGCAGCGCUGCAGUGGAGCCCAGGCUGUCCCGCCCUGAGCACGUGCCUGACGGUCCGGAGACACUCCUGUGGUGGCCGCCCCCACCACCCCGGCCCUGUCUCUCUCUCCAGCCUGCUGCUCUCUGUACAUCACACACAGCUUCAGCUGCCUGGGGCCGGAAGGAAGGGCAGCGUGCGGGCCUGAGCCAGCCUGGCCAGCCCUGGCUCUCGUGUUACCAAAGCAGGCUCCGUGUUUGCUGCCUUAACCCCAAGUGUCUCCUCUGCUCUGUGGCCUCGUCUCAGACAAGGCCCUGCCUGAUUCUCAGUCCCUGCCUUUCGAGGGGGCUUCUCCCUAGGUCAGUCUUGCUGGAUCUGUGCUUUUCUUUUAUGUGUCCUCUGACCCUGAGAAGGAACAGCAUGGGCUUGUGAACCUUUGGGCUCCGUCCCUCUUUUCAUCGCUGUCACCCUGCUCUGCUCUUCCCUCCCUGGCUCUUGUUCAUUACUAGUGGUGUGGCAUAGGGAGCUGCUUCCAAGGAAGUAGGGAGCAAGCCCCCCUCUUACCCCAGCUUUUGGGAAACACCUCCCAAAACAAAAAGACCCGUAUCCCUUUAUCUGUCCCCCUGUGGCCGAGGCCAGAGCCUGUGCGUGGGCAGAGACGGGGAAACUCACCCGCGCCUGCUGCCCGCCCUUCAUGCCCUCGCCUCUUGGGACCCUCUGCACCAGCCCCAGGCUACCCUGGCCCUCCCCACGCCCUCCCCAGAGUUCAUCUGGAGGAUGCGCUGUACUGUCACCACCCCAACACCUCACCUUCUGUCUCCAAGGAAAUGGGAGGUGGAGCCUCCUGGCUGAGAAAUUGUUUUGCAAAUCGAUCUAUUUUUAUAUGAAUUUUUUUUUAAGCAAAACUAACUCUUCCUUACCCCCUUCUCCUCCAUAAUGUAAGAGGCUUCGAUGGCAGGUUCCAGAGUCCCUGGGAUUUCUCCUCACAAGCCUCCAUCCUGAACAAGCCCCUGGACCGACCUCCACCUCAGCUCUCAAGCCUCUGGGCCCUUGUGGCCAGUGCAGAUUCUCUCCCAGCAUCUGAUUCUGGGGAGGAGGAAGCUCUCCUGGUUGAGCUGGACCAGGCCUAAGAGUAGUGGGAACCCUGAGACCACAGAGUUUCUAUAAAUUUAAUAUAUUUAUCAAGCCAAAUGUGCAAAUGCUAACUGGACACUCUUAACAGUGGGCCCAGGACGUGCCUCUACCCUGCCCUCUUCUCAGCAGUGGGCAGGCCAAACUCUUUGGCGGCCCCAGUCACAAGAAGCUCAGAUUCUCUAGCUCGAGGUGACACUUAGCCCUCCCUGUGCUCCUUUCAGCUCCCCACCUCCAGGUAGGGAGCAGGAAUGGCAUGGGUAGGGCUUGGCCCUGAAUCGCAGUUGUUAGAGUAAGGAGGGGAACUCAGGAGAGCUGAGGGCACCUGCAGGGAGGCCGUGAGGCCAGUAAAGAGGGUUCUGGUUCCCAGAGCCUGUGUGGGAAGGGGCAACAGCAGCUCCUUGGAACUAUUUCUGGGAGGACUGUGAUGCAGGGGGCUACUGCUCCCUUAGGUCCCCUCCUCCCUGCCAACAUCUAGGGCUUUGACCCUUUCUUUUUUAAUCUACUUUUGCUAAGAUGCAUUUAAUUAAAAAAAAAAAGGGACAAAAUGCAAACCUAUUUCCCUCGCCUCCUGGGCUUCUGGGAUGUGGAUGUCAUCACCUCCGGUUUUGUAGGGUUUGUUUCCAACUGUUAAUAAAGCAUUGAAACAGUA